AUGACGAGUACGGACCUUGGAGAGUCUCAAAUUAGAAAGCUGCAGAGUGCUGCAGAGUGGUUUGAUGCUGUGGAUAGUAACAGCGUAGACGUGGUCAAGGCGUCCGUCAGUAAGUUCAAGGGGAGCAGGACUCAGUCAGGAGACACCGCCUUGAUGAUAGCGGCCCACAAAGGUUACUUCACCAUUGCUAAGCUUCUACACAACCAUGAAGCAAGACUUCAAAAUAAUGAUGGGCUUUCAGCUCUCAUGUUUGCUACAUUGGCCGAACAGCUAGAGAUAGCAGACCUUCUCAUUAGUGAUGAGAAGGACUGUGUUACGCCAGAGGGCCGUGAUGCUCUAAUGCUUGGCUCUGAGGCGGGGUGCUCUGACAUGGUCUCCUUUCUAGUUAAUCACGUCCCCGUCCGCACAGACAAAUACUCGCGCGGAGCACUGUUUUAUGCUGCCUCAAACCUGCAUAUCACGACAAUCCGCAUUUUAUUAGAAUCUGGCAAAAUGCCACAGUCUCAUGUUAGAGACGCGCUGACUGCCACAACAGACACAGAAGUGAUCGGUAUCAUUUCUGAGUAUUUGAUUCCAGAUGUUUCCUACACAUCUGUUAGCAGAAUAAGCACACCAGGGACGCCACAAAACGUUUCAUAUCAAAUAGUGGACAAUAGCUCUUCGACUUCGAGAUCAUCAUCUGUUAAUUCAGCCGCCAACUCGUCUGACAUAAGCACGUCCUCUGACUUGGGGAACUCUUCUGAGAAGUCUCCAUCCAUCAGUAGAUCUGCAAUUCACAGCUCGUCUGUAUUGUCACCAUCGGCAAAUCCCACAACUCAGGCAGACAACCUGACCCAAGCGUCGGUAUCUUCCUCAUCUUCUAACUCAUUAAGCAACCAACCAACCGAUACUAAAGGCAGUAGUUCGUCUGACGCCGUGUCAAGCAAGAGCACUGCCUCAAUUGAAGGUUCUCUCUCAUCAUCUUCUGGUCCGACUGACACCACUAGUGUUUCUGUUACUGUUUCCGUGACAACUAAAGAGCAAGAUUCCAUCAUCUCUAUGCCACAGGAGGACAUAUCACGACAAACGAUAUCCUCACCCGUACCCAGGGCAAUUAGUGCAACUCCGGCUGCCUUGCAGAACGAAGGAGAUGUGGACCACGGUAAGGAAAGCGCAGAGAUUAUUCUUCUAAAUGCUACUCUUCAAGAACUAAGGGAGCAGCUCCAGCAGAAGGAUCUCCGGAUUGCUGAGCUUCAAGUGGAUCUCACAGAUGCAAAUACCAAAAAGAAGAUGGCCGUUGACGCAGCAGCACUCGCCAAAGAGGCCUUGGCAGCGAUGAGCGAGCAGGUCAACUCCCAGCAGCAACAGCAGCACACCGAGCAACGACAAGCUGAUGAGAGUUCAACAAAGCUUGCAGAGAGAACUGAAAAGCUCGAGCGAGAGCUGAGUAUCAUGCACAAAGGAUAUAACGCUCUUGCAUCGAGCAAGGCAGAGCUUGCAGAGAUAAUCGAGACACUUAAGCGUAAGCUUGCUGAGUACGAAAAAGGAGGCACGCUAGGCAGUACCUUGGGUUCACCGGGCAGCAGCACUAACAGCGCUCUUCUCUACGACUUGCAGCAACAGCUCCAGUGUCUGAUGAACGCCAACUCCCAGCUUAAUGACCUUCUUAAUGAUAAAAGUAAUCUCAUUGACAGAAUGAGUAAUGAGUUAGCUGCUGCUAUGCAGAGUCACGCCCUUGAAAUUGCCUUUUACCAAGACCGUAUACACGCACUUACGGGUCAGUCAGAUAAAAGUAUCACUCGCUCCGAGUUUGCAGAUCCGGCGCCCUGUCUCCUGGAAGACGUAGAAAAAACCGUCCCUAGUAGUCGAGAAUACAAACCGUUUACGCCUAUCGACACAAUGACGUCGGACUUUGGCAACCGGCUCCGUUUACCUAACAAUUUAUUUACAAAGACCCACUCUCCAUCCUCAUCUAUUCCUGAUGGAUCAGAACAAUUUGCCGCUCUUCAAGCUGAGCUGGAUGUAAUGCGUAAGGUUAACGGCUCUCUGAGUGAAGCUCAGGCCAAUAACCAGGCUGAAAUCACCAGGCUGCGUAUGAAAGUUGAUGCAUUACUUGGCACAGGGAAUCAGUCCUUGAAUACACUCCAAAGAGAUACUUUGGGAUCUCAGACGGAUUUCUUAAGUGCAGAAUCCAUGGGUUCAAAAGACUCACUUGUAAAGUCUCCAUCGCAAAAUCCUCAACUUUCCCCAGCUGCUCUGGCAGAACUCGCACAUAUGCGUGAAAAGGUACAAGAGAAAGAUGCUCUUCUUAAGGUUCUUAAGAGGAUUGGCUCUAAUGGAGAUCUGGAGCAAACUAAACCAAUAUUCUCGCUUUUAGAGAGGAACCUUAACUCAGGAAGAAAGGAAGACCUCAUGAUAAUUAAGUAUUUGCUAUCAUUAGAAGAAGAGAACCAACGCCUUAGACAAAAGCUUACUUUCGUUAAUAGCAGAGACCAUUUCAGCCAGAGUUUAGAAGACAACAAAAGUGGCCAUUCUCCGUAUUCUGUAUUGACGGAAGAAGACACAGACAUUAAGGUAGCAAUGCACAGAGCUGCUAAUAUCCAGCGAUCGUUAGAUACGGUGACUGGCGUAGCUGACGCUAUUUCGGACAAUAUCACCAAGAUAAGAUCCCGUGAAAUAUCGCCUUUAGAUGCACGAGGCCCGCACACAGCUUUGCGGGGGCCCGACAAUAUCGUCCAAUCAGAUUUUACACCUCUAAUGAUGGCGAUCAUGCAUAAGGAUAUAGAUGCAGUGAAAGCUAAUUUGAAGUAUGCUGGUUUAUCGUGCGCAGAUGGAACCACAGGAUUGAUGCUUGCUGCGCAGUAUGGACUCUCUGAGGCUGUCCCUCUUCUAGUGCCCACAGAAGCCACAAUGCGCCGCUAUGACAAUGCUACUGCAUUGUCCCUGGCAUUGAAAAUGCAAAAUUGGGAGUUAGCUGAGUUGCUGCGCACAACAGAGGGACUAAGCAUAAAGGGGCUAUCCUGUGCAGGAGGGCGAGUCACUGAACUGAUGCAAGCAGCGAGGCAGAAUGAUGUUGUGGCUUUAUGGUCAUUCCUACCUGUUCAGAGUGGCUUACAAGACGCGCAGGGGCGCACAGCGCUUGCGCAUGCUGUAGAUGCUGGAGCCGUUGAGGCAGCACGUUUACUGGCUCCCAGUGAGGCACAGUUAGUAGAUUUUGAAGGGUACAAUGUAAUAGAUCGGAUUGUUGCCUCCACAACGAUCUCUACGACCAUCAAAGAGCGUCUGACGCGAGAGGUGGCGCCUUAUAUCAGAGCAGAUCAGCUGUAG